CGAAUUAUUCUGUUAGAGAGAAAGAGAAAGAGAAAGAGAUCGAUAAGAAUUGUAGCCACAAGUUGGCGAAAGGGAAGGAAAGGGAAGAAGAUCGAAGGUGGUGUUGGCGAAGUUACAGGGCCUCCCAUCCUUUGAACAAUGUGGCCACUCACUCACUCAUUCACAAUCCAAACUUACUACCACUUCAUUCCACACUACGUUACAUCAUCUUCAACACUUUACAUAACAUGAUGAUAACAAUUAAUACUCCUUAUUAGCCCUUCCCACUUUGCACCUCAAUAAUGGUACGUUAUCGAUCUAUUUUCUUCUUUCUCUUUCUAUGCAUGCAUGCAUGCAUGCAUGCAUGAUCUGAUCUGUUUUGCAUGAUGCAGGGGACUCCAGUGAAUAUCAUUGUGGGGUCUCACGUCUGGGUUGAAGAUCCAGAUGAAGCUUGGCUCGAUGGACAGGUUUCUAAAAUCACUGGCAAGGAUGUUGAAGUCGCCACAUCCAAUGGAAAGAAGAUUACUGCAAAGUUAUCAAAGAUAUAUCCCAAGGAUAUGGAAGCUCCUGCUGGCGGAGUGGAUGAUAUGACCAAGCUCUCGUAUUUGCACGAGCCUGGAGUCUUGCAGAACUUGAAAAGUAGAUAUGAAUUGAAUGAAAUAUAUACAUACACUGGAAACAUUCUGAUUGCUAUAAAUCCAUUCCAAAGGCUACCUCACAUUUACGAUGCACACAUGAUGCAACAAUACAAGGGAGCACCGUUUGGUGAAUUAAGCCCUCAUGUAUUUGCCGUUGCUGAUGUUGCUUACAGGGCUAUGAUUAACGAAGGAAAAAGCAAUUCAAUUCUUGUCAGUGGAGAAAGUGGAGCCGGUAAAACUGAAACUACGAAAAUGCUUAUGCGAUACCUUGCUUAUUUAGGAGGAAGGGCUGCCACCGAAGGAAGAACAGUUGAACAGCAAGUUCUUGAAUCAAAUCCAGUUUUAGAAGCCUUUGGAAAUGCUAAAACUGUGAGGAACAACAAUUCGAGUCGAUUUGGUAAAUUCGUUGAGAUCCAAUUUGAUAAGAAUGGAAGAAUCUCAGGAGCAGCCAUUAGAACAUACCUUCUAGAAAGAUCUAGGGUUUGUCAAGUAAAUGAUCCUGAACGCAAUUACCACUGCUUCUAUCUUCUCUGUGCUGCACCGCAGGAGGAAGUUGAGAAAUACAAAUUAGGACAUCCUAAAACAUUUCAUUACCUUAAUCAGUCAAAAUGUUAUGAACUGGCCGAUAUAAGCGAUGCUCGCGAGUAUCUUGCCACUAGAAGAGCUAUGGACAUUGUUGGAAUAAGCCAAAAGGAUCAGGAAGCAAUUUUCAGAGUAGUUGCUGCUAUUCUUCAUCUUGGUAACAUUGCGUUUACCAAAGGAAAGGAAGCUGAUUCAUCUGUUCCAAAAGAUGAUAACGCCAAAUUCCACCUGAAAACCACUGCUGAGCUUCUCAUGUGUGAUCUUGCUGGUUUGGAAGAUGCAUUAGUGAAGCGUGUGAUGAUCACCCCAGAGGAAGUUAUUAAACGGAGCCUCGAUCCGCAAAGCGCAGCAAUAAGCAGAGAUGGCUUGGCGAAAACAAUAUAUUCUAGACUCUUUGACUGGUUGGUGGACAAGAUUAACAAUUCGAUCGGACAAGACGCGACUUCUAAAUGUUUGAUUGGAGUCCUUGAUAUUUAUGGCUUUGAAAGCUUUAAAACCAACAGCUUUGAGCAGUUUUGCAUUAAUUUCACAAAUGAGAAGUUGCAGCAACAUUUCAAUCAGCACGUAUUUAAAAUGGAACAAGAAGAAUAUACAAAGGAGGAGAUCAAUUGGAGCUACAUUGAAUUUGUUGACAACCAAGAUGUUUUGGACCUUAUUGAAAAGAAACCUGGUGGAAUCAUUGCUCUCCUUGAUGAAGCUUGCAUGUUUCCAAAGUCAACACAUGAAACGUUUUCAAACAAACUGUAUCAGACAUUUAAGAAUCAUAAGCGCUUCAUUAAGCCAAAAUUGUCUCGGACAGAUUUCACUAUUUCUCAUUAUGCAGGCGAGGUACAAUACCAGUCUGAUCAAUUUCUAGACAAAAACAAGGAUUAUGUUGUCCCUGAGUAUCAAGAUUUGCUGGGUGCUUCCAAAUGUUCUUUUGUAGCUGGCCUUUUUCCUCCACUUCCAGAAGAGACAUCAAAAUCUUCCAAAUUUUCUUCAAUUGGUUCUCGCUUUAAGCUACAACUGCAGUCACUGAUGGAUACAUUAAACUCUACAGAGCCUCAUUACAUUAGAUGUGUGAAACCAAACAACCUCCUGAAGCCUGCAAUUUUUGAGAAUCAAAACAUUAUGCAACAACUUCGUUGUGGUGGUGUUUUAGAGGCAAUCAGAAUUAGUUGCGCGGGCUACCCUACUCGGCGUGCUUUCUUUGAAUUUAUGCAUCGGUUUAGCCUCCUCGCCCCGGAGAUCGCAGAUUCACACCACGAUGAGAAGGUUGUUUGCCAAAAGAUUCUAGAAAAAAUGGGGCUUGCUGGAUAUCAGAUUGGAAAAACAAAGGUAUUCCUAAGGGCAGGUCAGAUGGCUGAACUAGAUGCUCGUAGGGCUCAAGUACUCAGCAAUGCAGCAAAAACUAUCCAACGGCGUGUACGAACCUAUCAAGCUCGACAACAUUAUCUUUCAUUGCGGACGAAGACGAUAUUCGUGCAGUCUGUGUGCAGAGCAAACCUUGCAUGCAAACUUUAUCAGAACAUGAGGAGGAAAGCAGCUGCAAUAAAAAUUCAGAAGCAUGCUCGCAGAUAUGAAGCUAGGAAAUCAUAUAGGAAACUCCACGCAUCAGUUCUUACCUUACAAACAGCUUUAAGGGCUGUGGCAUCCCUUAAAGAGUUCAAGUUUAGAAAACAGACUAAAGCCUCAAUCAUUAUUCAGGCUCGUUAUAGGUGCCACAGAGCUUCUAAAUAUUACAAGAGGCUUAAGGUAGGAGCAAUAGUCGCACAAUGCAGAUGGAGGGGGAAGAUGGCCAGGAGAGAACUCAGGAAACUGAAGAUGGCUGCAAGAGAAACUGGUGCACUUCAAGAAGCAAAGGACAAACUUGAGAAAAGGGUGGAGGAACUCACCUGGCGUCUCCAACUAGAAAAAAGUUUGCGGACCAACCUCGAAGAGUCUAAAGCACAAGAGAUAUCGAAACUGCAGAAUUCAUUACAGGAGAUGCAGGGUAAACUUGAUGAAACCAAUGCUCUGCUUGUCAAGGAGCGAGAGAAUGUAAAGAAGGUUACCAUCGAAGCAACUCCGGUUAUCCAAGAAAAGGAGGUUAUUGUUGAAGACACUGCAAAGAUUGACGCACUAACAGCGGAAGUUGAGAGGCUAAAGACUUCCCUUGAGACGGAAAAACAGAAAGCUGAUGAAUUUGAAAAGAAAUAUAAUGAAAUCCAAGUUUCGAGUGAAGAAAAGACUCACAAAUUAGAAGACACAGAGAAGAAGGUUCGUCAGCUCCAAGAAUCACUACACAGGCUGGAAGAGAAGAUUCAUAAUUUAGAAUCAGAGAAUCAAGUUCUACGUCAACAAGCUCUGUCCAUGUCUCCUAACAAGUUCCUCUCAGGCCGCUCCAGAUCAAUUAUGCAGAGAGUUGAGAGUGGACAUAUUGCAGUGGAGUCUAAGCCAUCUUUGGAGAUGCAUAGUCCAUCAAUGAACCACAGAGAAUCCUCUGAAAUGGAGGAUAAGCCACAGAAGUCAUUGAAUGAGAAACAGCAAGAGAAUCAAGAGUUGCUCAUUAGAUGCGUUGCACAACAUUUAGGCUUUGCUGGAAAUAGACCAAUUGCAGCCUGUAUCAUAUACAAAUGCCUAUUGCAUUGGAGAUCGUUUGAAGUUGAGCGUACCAGUGUUUUCGAUCGCAUAAUCCAAACUAUUGGGCAUGCAAUUGAGACACAGGAGAACAAUGAUGUCUUGGCUUAUUGGUUAUCCAAUGCUUCUACGCUUCUCUUGUUACUCCAGCGCACCCUUAAAGCGAGUGGUGCAGCUGGAAUGGCUCCUCAACGCCGUCGUUCUUCAUCAGCAACUCUUUUUGGAAGGAUGACACAAAGUUUCCGUGGAGCACCGGGGGGAGUGAACCUUUCCCUCAUCAAUGGUGGCAUGAAUGGUGGAGUGGAUGCAUUAAGACAAGUUGAAGCCAAGUACCCAGCUUUGCUUUUCAAACAGCAGCUUACAGCUUAUGUGGAAAAGAUAUAUGGAAUGAUCAGAGAUAAUUUGAAGAAAGAAAUUUCUCCUUUGCUUGGAUUGUGCAUUCAGGCACCAAGAACAUCCAGAGCAAGCUUGGUUAAGGGAUCAUCACGUUCAGUUGCAAACACCGAAGCCCAGAAAGCCUUGAUUGCACAUUGGCAAGGGAUAGUUAAGAGCCUUGGAAACUUCUUAAAUACUCUAAAAGCAAAUCAUGUUCCUCCAUUCUUGGUUCGUAAGGUGUUCACCCAAAUUUUUUCAUUCAUUAACGUCCAACUUUUCAACAGUCUUCUCUUAAGACGAGAGUGCUGCUCAUUUAGCAACGGAGAAUAUGUGAAAGCUGGUUUGGCUGAAUUGGAGCAUUGGUGUUAUAAAGCAACAGAUGAGUAUGCAGGCUCAGCUUGGGAUGAACUCAAACAUAUAAGACAGGCUAUAGGAUUUCUGGUCAUACAUCAAAAACCAAAGAAAACGCUGGAUGAAAUAAGUCAUGACCUAUGUCCUGUACUUAGUAUACAACAGUUAUAUCGAAUAAGUACUAUGUACUGGGAUGACAAGUAUGGCACACACAGUGUGUCCCCUGAUGUCAUAUCCAAUAUGAGAGUGUUGAUGACUGAAGAUUCAAAUAAUGCCGUUAGUAAUUCAUUCCUGUUGGAUGAUGAUUCAAGCAUUCCAUUUUCUGUUGAUGACAUAUCAAAGUCGAUGGAACAGAUGGAUAUAUCUGAUAUAGAGCCCCCACCAUUAAUCCGUGAGAAUUCUGGCUUUAGCUUCUUGUUGCCACGCGCAGACUGAUGGAGGGAUGCUGAUUUAUUUUUUGAUUUAACAUACGUAAUUUAUUUAUUAGUUGUUUCUUAAAAGGGAGACAUAGUGCAGAUCUUACGUUUUGGUUUUGCAGCAGCUAGAUUUUGGGGGUGUGGUUAAAAGGCUUGUGACAAUUUUUGCCUUCACCAUCUCCUUUUUAUUUGGACUUUUCACUUGUCAGCACAUUUUCUUAGAAUAAGAUUUUGUAACUAGAAAAUAUAGGAAUUUCACCAAAAUGCAGUAAUGACUAAUGAAUUCAAAAAGUUGCAUAUUAUGGCAUUGUGUCAGAUCUAACUGAUUCACAUUCUCAUUUCUUUUCAGUGCUUUCUUGUUAGGUGUUUUUAGCUUAUGACUAUAAAGUUGCCAAUAAUGCAGUAGAUUAAGCCCUUCUAAACAUAUAUAUUAAACUAGUCCUAUUAAUAGGUUUUUUUAUAUAAAUGAAUCUGAGAACUAUCUAUAUUACAAUCUUGAGCACAAUUGACCAAUGAAAAAGUUUGAUGUUGUAAGGCUAUCAGUUUUAUAUAGAUGAAAAUCACACAAGAUAAGCUGCUGUCAGCAAACAAAACCAGAUUCCAUAUUGCAUUCAAGUAACCAAAAAUGGGGGUGAAAAAGCAUUCCCCUAUAUUCAUCUUUAAAAGAGCAUAAGUUUAAAGUUGUUAGUGAGUUGCAACUGUUUCAUCUGCAAUUUUUCUAUGCUGAGAAAGAACAGAAUGACGAUCUUAGAAGUAAUAACUUCUCACUUUCUUGUUUAACAGCAGCAUGGAGCCAGAUACACCUACCUACCAAUAAAUUAAUGUCUUUAAUUUUCCUAAUCCACAUAAAAACAAAAGGA